CCCCCUUCCUCAUCAGGCUCCCACAAGAUGAUCGCUAUCCCUUCCCUUCGCAACAGCAUGGCUGCCACUGCGCGCCCAGUGCUGCGAUCCGCUACCGCUUCUUCUUCCACCCGUGCAUUCUCACUCACAGUGUCCAGGGCCUAUGCAUCUGCUGCCCCUACCAGUGCAUACUCCAAGAAGCCCGGAAACGAUGGAAAGUACUUGGUCACUCUGGUUCCUGGUGAUGGUAUCGGCCCAGAGGUAUCUGAUGCAGUCAAGUCGAUCUACAAGGCUGCUGAUGUGCCGAUCAAGUGGGAGGAAGUCGAUGUCACCCCUGAGAUCCGAGAUGGCCGAAGCAGAAUUCCCUUGAAGGCAGAGGAGUCUAUCAAGAAGACCACGCUGGCAUUGAAGGGUCCCCUCGCAACUCCCAUUGGAAAGGGACACGUCUCUCUCAACCUCACUCUCCGUCGUACAUUCUCCCUCUUCGCCAACGUCCGUCCCUGCCGCUCCAUCGAGGGCUACAAGACCCCCUACGACAAUGUCGACACUGUGCUGAUCCGAGAGAACACCGAGGGAGAGUACUCUGGUAUCGAGCACGAGAUCGUAGACGGUGUGGUGCAGUCGAUCAAGCUCAUCACCCUCGAGGCUUCGGAGCGAGUGGCUCGCUACGCCUUCCAUCACGCCCAGCAAAACGGUCGUAACCGUGUCACUGCCGUGCACAAGGCCAACAUCAUGAAGAUGUCCGACGGUAUGUUCCUGCACGCCUGCCGACAGGUGGCCAAGGAGUACCCGGACAUUACCUACGACGAGGACCUGUUGGACCGAGCCUGCCUGCGCAUCGUGCAAGACCCUUCGCCAUACUCGGACCGAGUCAUGGUGAUGCCCAACCUCUACGGAGACAUUCUCUCCGACAUGUGCGCCGGUUUGAUCGGUGGACUGGGUCUGACCCCUUCGGGCAACAUCGGCAAGGACGCGAGCAUCUUCGAGGCCGUGCACGGUUCCGCCCCCGACAUUGCCGGCAAGGACAUGGCCAACCCCACUGCCCUGCUGCUCAGCUCCAUCAUGAUGCUUAGGCACAUGGGUCUGUUCGACAAGGCAGACCAAAUUGAGUCGGCCAUUUUCAAGACUAUUGCCAAUGGAGAGACGACGGGUGACUUGGGUGGAAAGCUGGGCACAAAGAAGUUCACCGAGAAGAUCAUCUCGAGGUUGUAGAGGGAGACAGUGGAGGUGAGUCCGAGGGGGAAUUUGUUUAUCGAUUCGCGUAAUGCCGAUGAGGUAUGCAAAACGCGAAGAAAACAUAGGACGGCGACGUAGGAGAUUGUUGCUCGCCGAGUAGACGAAACACAACGGUGCUCAAUACCUGCUAUGCAAUCACAAUCGUGUCAACUGCUCCGUUCCGUUUGU